AUGCGGGAAGAGGGCAGCCGAGCCGGUAGCCCGGCGCUGAGAUUGGCCUGCGAAAAUGGGCAACUUGAGAUUGUUGAAGCUUGUUUGUCAUGGCUAAAGGAUCCUGAGGAUGCCUACCGGACCCUUGACUGGGCAUUGACAAGGCGCGGCAACGUCUGUGUGGUGCAACGGCUUCUCCAGCAUCCAGGUAUCGACGUCAACAAAAUCAUUCGAGGCAAUACGCUGCUCAUCAAGGCAUGCUGGUUUCAUGAUGUGGACUGCAUGCAAAUGUUGCUUUGCGCUGGAGCAGAUGUCAACAUCCUUGGAUGUGGGGGUGACUUUGAGGACAAUGGCACAAAUCCGAAUACAGAAAGACAUCCCCUGUCGCAAUGGGUACAAUGGGGGGAUGCCGAUGUCACGGCCUUGGAAGUCUACUGCUGCAGGCAGCCAGAUCGCCGUCCAGAGAAGCUGGCUUCUAAAGCUCAACUGGAGCUCAAGCAGGGCCUUGACUUGCUCAUUGGAGGUGGAGCCGACCUCCACCGCCGCAACAAGAGAGGUUUUGCCCCUAUCGACAUUGCAGCAAACCACCCGACCGCGCUACGACUUCUGAUCGAGGCAGGCGCUGAUUUCCAUCACGAGAGUUCGGAUGGAAGUACGUUGCUGCACGUACCCAGAACCGGGGAGGACGGCUGGGAGCUUACCAAAUUCCUUGUUGGAAAAGGCUUGAGCGUUGACAAGCCAAGAUCAGACGGGCGAACACCAUUUCAUCUUUACAUGAAAGAAUAUCUGAAAAGAUACAGCUGUGACCGUGCAGCUGGAUAUCGGGAUGCUGUCCGGUUCGUGGAGGAGCUAGGCCCUGACUGUUCGAAUUACGCCGGAGAAUCGUUGAUCCAUAUGGUGUCGGCCGAGAACAUCGAAGCGAUCCGAUUUCUGAUUGAGAAGGGUGUCGAUCUCGAGACUCAAGAUUACGAGGGCAAAACACUGUACAUGCGAGCUGUGACUCAGGUAUACAAUACCAAAACCCUGGAUCGGCUUCAAGCGAUGGGCGCCAUGGUGAAGACGCGGGAUUUCAAGGGCCGCACAGUCCUACACGGGGCGAUCAAGGGCCACCGAACCGGCAAACUUGACAUGAUGGCGAAACGGCAACCGCUGGCCUACCUUGUCGAAGAUCUUCAACUGGACCCCAACGUCACUGACAAUGAGGGCAAUAGCCUUCUCCAUGAGCUUGCGAGUUGCGACACAGAUCAGUACAAUCUUUAUGGGGCAUUGCUUGAAUAUGGGGUGGACAAUGAUGCGCGCAACGAGGCCGGUCAGACCCCAUUACAUAUCGUCUGUCAAAGGUGGGAUGACGGCCACCUGAACUUUAGGGCGUGGGGUGGAUUUGAGCAGCAAUUACUCUCCAGAUCUCUCAAACACUGCAAACACCAAGUCAAUGCUGAGGACAACCAUGGAGUCAGACCCAUCCACUUGGCGGCCGACAAGUCGGAAUUUUUGGUCCAGCAACUUUUGGCCCUGGGAGCGACGAUCUUGGUAAGGACACAUGACUGGAUGACACCCUUACAUAUAGCCGCCAAAGAACACCAAAGUAAUGUUGUUGCGAUGCUGCUUUCUGCCGCUACAACCGGCAACUAUGGGAAUCCAAAAGAGCUUCUUGAAACCAAGGGCAAACCUAAAACGUAUACCGUCGGCAGAAGAUGGACGGGACGACGAACGGGAAAGGAGCUAGGGCAUACUGCUCUUUAUUAUGGUGUGCAGUCUGGACGCCCAGAGACCGUUUCGUUUCUUUUGGGGGCUGGCGCCGAGGUGAAGUGGCAAUCCGCCAAACUUUUGCAGGCCUGCGCCAACUUUGAAGAAGAAAACCGCAAGCUACCCCCGCACCGCAGGUCUGGCACCAGGUUGAACGAGAUUUUGGACAUGCUUGUCACUUCAGGACUUGACCUCUCAGCACGCGCCAGCAGGAACAUGAACUCAAUCACGCCACCGCUGCAGUUUGAUCUAGCUGUUCACCGAGCGCUGGACGCCGGGCUCGAUCACACCGUUUCGUGUCUCUUGCAACAUCAGCAGCCAUCGUCACAAUCGUCAGUCUCUUUGGUGUUUGCGCGGAAGUGGUUUGAGAGGCGGAAGGAAUCUGGAGCCUCCGUCUUUCGAGAGACGAGCAACUUGUUGAGCACGGCAGCGGGAGACGCUCAAGCCAUCCACGCCCUGGUCAAAAAGCUUCUCCUGGCGCGCGAGUUCGAGGUGGUUGAGUACAUGUGCACCGUUCCACAGCAGGGCGCAGAUGACCCAUUGGUUGCAAUCGACGACAAGGGGAAAACAAUUUUGCACCUCCUGGUAAACAACGGAUAUGCAGCCUUGCUCGAGCGCAUCUCGAGAGCAAGGGGGCAGCAUGACAAUCCACUAGAAAGUCUGCAAGCUCUUGUGAGUCGACAGGAAAAGGAAGGCGCCAUUUUCCCGCUGGUGCUCGCUGCUUGUCACCGGACGCUUCCCAAUAUGGCCGUCCUCCGUGUAUUGGUCGAGGUGGUGAAAGUGUCAAUCAACGAUCCCCAGCGGUUUAGGGAACAUGCACGUCCGUAUUUCAGGCCUGAGUGGCGUUAUCAUUAG